AUGGCUACAUUACCGCAGGAUGUUUCUUCUCAUAAUCAAGACCGUGCCGCUGAGAUAUGGUCUGGUCCAAGCAAUCAAGAUAAAAAAGCUGAGAACUUCUCGCCAAUGUAUUUGUAUCAUGUUGUUCUGCAAUUAUGCUACCUUAACACGUCUCCUUGUAACCUUGUCAAAUCCACCCAUGUUGUCGGCACUUAUACGUCUUUUUCUGCCGCCGAAACUGCCGCCCGGACUUGUUUCGUGGACGCCGGCUACGACCCCGACCACUUCAAAGUCUCGUUCAUCAAUAUUGAUUCAAUCAGGCGAGAUAACUGUAUAACAAGCGGGAAGACUCUGGGCUUGCUGGCUAUUACUCUUGAAGGCUUUGAGUUCCAGGUGCACAUAUGCACAUCGGCAAAUAGCCGAGCUCUGACGAGCAACCAAAACAGCUGCCUCGUUGAAAAGCAGCUUUGGCACGUCUUGCUGACAAUAGUCAGGUGUCUUGACGAGGAAAUCAGAAGCACGACUAUCGAAGGAACAUUCCAAAAUUUCGAGGAUGCCAAAGAAUAUGCUUCAACUAUACUACUGCCCAUAGACAACACAAUGACCCGGACUUCUUUUGCUCACUACGAAGAGCUGCCCCUCCAUGAGUCAGAAUGUACCAGGGAAGAUAACGUUCUUGCGUACGCAUUGAGCCACGAUGGUACUUUUUCUGUGGUUAGUCUUAUAAAGGAAUAUAAGCCGAGAGAGCGUUGUAAGAAUAUUAUUAUUAUACUUCUAAACGAAAUCGGAGCCUCGAGUGUCUACACUUCACGCACAAAACUACUUUCCUCCUUAGACACUUUGCGUUCUACCUUUGAUUUUUCUGCCCAUGAAGGAGUGGUCCUCGCCCCACAUACUCUCGAUAUCCAAAAGUCUCGUGGCAAAAGUGACCGGGCCAAGGCAACCAAGGGCGCGAUGAAGAAGGGGGCCACUUAUUAUGUUAAGGGGAUAAAACAUAGUAAUAGAUGCAUGCGGUGA